UUCUCCAUUUUCGAUUUGAUUACUCACUAAUCAAACUCCCUAAACUCUCUCAUGGCCUUGGCCAUUAACAACCCUUUUAAUGAUAUCGCUCUCUCCAAUUACAGCACCUCCACCAACAACUCCGACGACCACCGCCACCUCGCCGGUAACUGGAAUUAUAGCUCUCCAAUUGUCGACUGGGAAACCUUUUCCGGCACCCACAACGACUUUCUCGACGUCUUCGACUCCACGAUAUGCAUCGAAAAUCCACCAUUUCUGACGGAGGAUCGAGAUGAAGAGGAUGAAUUUAAAGGCUUAAGGCUUUAUCACCUCCUCAUAGCGGCAGCCGACGCCGUGUUCGGCGACCAUAAGAGUUGCGAUUUGGCUCAUGUCAUAUUGGUUCGGCUCAAUGAAUUGGUUUCCCCUUCACAUGGGACAAAUCUUGAACGCCUCACUGCGUAUUACGCCCAAGCUUUUCAGGAUUUGCUCGAUUCAGCACCAGUAUCGAAUAAAACCCAUCAUCACAACCACCAUAUCCACCACCGUGAUGAUCAUACUCCAACGGACUUUCUUGCAGCGUUUCAGUUGCUGCAGGAAAUGUCCCCUUAUGUGAAAUUCGGCCAUUUCACUGCAAAUCAAGCGAUUCUUGAGGCUGUUGCAGAGGAUCGAAGAGUUCACAUUGUGGACUAUGAUAUUAUGGAAGGGAUUCAAUGGGCGUCGUUAAUGCAAGCUUUCGUCUCGAGCCCAUCGGCUCCACAUCUCAGAAUCACUGCUAUUUCUAGAGGAGCUAACGGGCGGAGAUCGAUUGGGACGGUUCAAGAAACAGGGCGGCGAUUAGUGGCGUUUGCAGCUUCAAUUGGUCAACCCUUUUCGUUUCAUCAAUGUAAAUUGGAUUCUGAUGAAAGUUUUCGUCCUUCUGGAUUGAAAUUGGUAAAAGGUGAAGCGCUUGUUGUGAAUUGUAUGCUUCAUCUUCCUCAUUUUAGUUACCGGUCACCGGAAUCUAUUGCAUCUUUUCUCUCCGGCGCCAAGAGUUUGAGUCCGAGGAUUGUGACUUUGGUGGAAGAGGAAAUAGGUCAUGGACCCACCAUUGACGGCGAUUACAAGGUUCAAUUUCUUGAUUCAUUAGAGCGUUACUCGGCGAUAUAUGACUCACUGGAAGCGGUGAUUCCGAUGAAAAACAGAGCAAGAGCAUUGGUGGAGAGGGUUUUUCUCGGGCCAAGGAUCUCAGCGACUCUGAGGCGAAUCGGACAGCGUAGGUGGUCAACGGCGGCAAUGGAGGAGAAUUGCUUGUGGGGAGAGAAAUUGGAGAAGAUGGGAUUGAAGACAGUGAAGAUUAGCUUUGCGAAUCAUUGCCAAGCGAGAUUGUUGUUGGGUUUGUUCAAUGACGGGUACAGAGUUGAGGAAUUGGGCAAUAAUAAGCUUGUUUUGGGAUGGAAAUCGAAGCGUUUGCUUUCGGUUUCAAUUUGGGGUUCUUCAACUUCUUCAUCUUCUUCGUCUUCUUUAUCUGAUUCUGAGUAGAGAAGUGAUUGUGUUCACUGUUCAUGGUGGUGGUUCUUAGUUCUCAUCACUCUGCUUCUCUUUCGUUUGUUCUUCUUUUGUUGGA